CCCUCAUGCAGUUGCAACAUCGUAUGGAGAAGACAGUGUCCCUACUGCAGUGCACAUCGCACAGAGAGUCGUCCGGAUUUUUCCUCCGUGGUUUUAUUUGGAUUUAUCUUUAUAGCAUUCGAUAUUGGAAUAUACAGCAGAACCGUGUUCAUCCAAGAGGGAAAUGAUCUGUUUUUUAAAGCAAGAGUGCUAAAUGUUGACCUGAGCUCUGGUAUAUGAGGAACACAACCUACAGAUGGAGUCAAGGGUUCCUCACCACAUUCCUGGAGUCUCCUCCUCCAUCAUGGUGCAGCCGUUGCUGGACAGCCGUGUCCCCUAUGGACGGCUCCAGCACCCAUUAACUAUCUAUCCCAUUGACCAAAUGAAAUCUUUGCAUUUGGAGAACGACUACAUCGACACCCCUGCCGUGAUCUCGCAACAGCCACCGAGCCACAAGGCGACCACGAGGGGACAGGAAGUCCUGCUGGGAGCCCCACACCAUCCUCAUCUGUCCCGCUGUGAAGUCCCAGAUGCCACUACACACCCCUGGAUUUCAUUCAGCGGUCGACCCAGCUCCAUCAGCAGUAGCAGCAGCACCUCCUCUGACCAACGGCUGCUGGACCACGCAGCCCCCUCCCCUGUUGUGGAUCCGUAUAUCGCCGGCAAUGGCCACGGCAGGACCCUAGGUGCUGAGCAACCCAAGGUGGUGAGCUCCAAAGCCCAGAACGUAAAGGCCGUGGCAGCCUUGCCCGUAGAGAAGAAGCACGUGCUGCUGUGUGAGAAGUGCGGCAAAUGUCGAUGCACAGAGUGCACGUUGCCCCGGGCCCUGCCCUCUUGUUGGGUUUGCAACCAGGAGUGCCUGUGCUCAGCGCAGAAUCUAGUGGACUCUGUCACUUGCAUGUGUCUAGUCAAGGCCGUUUUCUACCACUGCACUGAGGAUGAGGACGACGAAGGCUCUUGCGCCGACAAGCCGUGCUCUUGCUCGCACUCGAACUGUUGCGCCCGCUGGUCGUUCAUGGCAGCCAUCUCAUUGGUGCUGCCCUGCCUCAUGUGUUAUUUGCCCGCCUCUGGUUGCGCAAAGGUCUCGCAGAAGUGUUACGACGGCCUGAGCCGCCCAGGCUGCCGUUGCAAAAGCACACAGGGCUGCAAGGGGGCAGAGGUCAAGGCCUGUCCUUUGGAAAAGCAGGCAUCCUGAUGGCAUGUCGGAAAUGGAGACUACAAAAAAAACUCUGAGCAAAGUUGGAAGGGCCCUCUUUCCCAAAAUCACGGUACUAACGGUUCGCGCACAAUCCUCACGCCUAAGAUAUUCCGCUGUAAAUCAGUAGCAAUGUUUUACUGUACGACGGGCACAAAUCUUUACUCGAGUACUGCAAAGAAGAGGCCUGCUCUGGGGUUCUCAAGAUGGCCGUAGGAUCAAGCGUUUCAGCCCCCAGCCAAAACAACUAACACAGAAUGCUGCAUUUGAGCAACAUGUCUGUAGGAAAGAGACCGAUCUCUUUUCUGACGUUUAUUUUCUCUUCGGCUCGGAAAAGUCAAAGUAAAUAUCGCCCAUUCAAAGAACACCACACUUUGGCAAACCCUCUCCGGAUCUGGCGCUGCAAAAAGGUUGCAGUGAAUUCCAAGCUGAUAACACAUGUCACAAUCAAAAUAACCAGACUUCAUCUCUGUGCACAGUCCAUUACAAGCUUGUUAUAGAGCUUUGUUUUCUCUCUUGUUUGACAAAGUAUAGGAGCUAGUUUGUAUCAUUGAAGGAUGUCUUCGGUCUUCUGCGGGGACACAUUGUUGGGUUUUUUAGCUUCAAAAUUCCCUUUGACGACAUGCCAUAACAUACGAACUUCCAUAAUGAUUCUUCCAAAUGUUAGUGGUUCAAUUUGAUGUAGAAAAUGACCUCAGGGAUCAUCAGUUCAUGGGAUAUACACACAGCAUGUGUAUUCAGCUUGGAACUAAUCUUUAUUUUUUAAAAAGUGAGGGAAAUGACCAGUGGCAUUUUGUUGAAACAGCAAUUCAGACACCAAGCAUUCAUAAGCUAUGAGGAGAAUUGGGCCAGUAGUUAUGGGCAAGCUAAUAAGCGAAUUGUAUCACCAAUAUAAACGAGGCAAAAGCACAGUAUUAUGUACAGUAGCAUGUACAAAGUGUUUCACUGUAGUUGCAAAAAUUCCUCUAGUUUAAUAUGCCACCAAACGUAACGCCCUAGUAUCCGAUUGCUUUCUCCACAUAUAUUUCUGUUAUAUGUAUAGUUUAGAGAUUUUGCCAAAGGAGUGCACCGUAGGGUUUUAGUUGAUCAUUAUUAUAAUUGUUCGUUUUAAAAGUGGGCAUGCGUUGUUGUACUCUAGCCAAUUUGUGCGUUGGUAAGCUCUUAAAGGUAUGGUGCUUGAGAACACGAGGGAAGGCUGCAUUUAUACAGAACUAACACCUCGCUCAUUUAGUCCCAAUGUUUGUACUUGUUGCACAAAGCAGAGAAGCAGAAAUACACUACUGUUCUUAGUCUUGAAUGUAUAAGGCUAGGGUUUAAGUCUUUGCAAUCGAACCCGUGGAUAGGUGCCAGAGUAGCGGGGGGGGCUCGCAUAGCUGCAUAGUAGGGGAGAGUUGCAAAUGUACCAUAGAUAUCUUAGAUUUCGACCUAUGCAGGUUACACGUUCUUGUAAAUAGUCUCGAGAAACUAGCUAUCUUCAAAUAAAUGUCCUGAGGAAUUGCAUGGUACAAUUUAAUAACAAUUCAGUACAAGAGUAUAUAAAUGAAUUAUUAUAUUUUUGGGAGGUCCGGGCUGUGGGUGGGAUCAGGAUAACGUGGAUGUGCCGUAGAUGAUAGGGAGUCGUAGGUAUUACAAGCACUUGAUUUAGAAAAGUGUGCCAGGCAAUAAAAAUACCUCUGUUAGUGCUAGCCACGCCUCAUUAGCACGAGAGACAAGGCUAAUAUUCCCUGAUCCUAUAGAUUUAAGGAACGCUCACUGUUUCUUUUUCACCCAAAUGUGGCCAAGCAUUUUUUUUUCUGUGUGUGUGUGUGUGGGGGGGGGGGGGGUAUUUUCCCCCUUACCUUCUAAAAUGGUCCAACAUCUCCCAUGUUUGAUUGAUGGGUACAGCUGGUGCGCGUGAACCUGUUUGGUAGGAAUGAGGAAUCCCUCUCGAGUAACAUUCCAUUCCAUCUUAUUCGGUGUUGCUUUUGCCCCAUGCACCUUCUCUUAUAUUGUUCAACAGAAUAAGAUACCAUGUAAUACAAACUUCGUGGAUGUUUGCAUAAUAAUCCAGCCCGCACAGAACUGAAAGAUCUUCCUUCUCACAACUCAUUUGCUGAGAUGUGUUAAAGCUAUCCGUGGUACAUUUAGUUUUAAACCACCUUCCAAACCGGGCUUGUACUCUCUGCGUUUCUUUGGCUUCAUUGUUAAUGUUGAUGAUAAGAGCAAUGUGCUUUUGUUUUGUUUAAAAAAGCAAAAAGAAAAAAAAUCUCUCACACAUAUGAAAAUGUCCCUUUAUAGAUAUAUUUAUUUUGAAGUUCUAUUUUAUAUAGUAUUUAUUUAGAUGCCUACUUUUGUUUGUGAAUAAAAGCUUAUGUCAAAACGGAAUGUACAUUGAAAUCGGAAAAUAUAUAUUGUUAAAUAUAAA